CAACACUGUCUGCCACUAACCAUCACCGAUACUCUUAUUGUCUUUAAACAGCUCCUUGGAAGGAUCCUUAGGGAGCUGUUGUUCGUGAAUCAUAUACUACGAAAUCUGGAAUGGCUGCAGACUUUACUACAGCGACAAAGAUUCCAGCACUGGUUUCAUACUGCCAACGAGUUGCCGGGAAACACGCUGAGUUCAUCCCCACACUCGGCCAAGAACUUAGUCUUCGUUAUGAUCUAGUCAAACCCAUCCUUCAGCAGUGCGAGCCACACGACCUUCUGCGGCUUGAACGAGGCUCAACGAGGCUCCAGCACAAUACCCAAGAAUUAUGGAAGAUCCUCUCUAUCAAAAAGUAUAGUAUUCAGCUCCAGGGCUAUCUCUCAGGGGAGGCACCAGAACCAGAGUCCUGGAGAGAUCAUUACUUUGUUCUCCAGAAAGCCGAAGCGAAGCAUCUAGAAGAAGUGGCAUCACGCCUGCGCUCUCAACGACUCGAGCACGAACAACAGAAGAAGGAACGUGAGGUCAAGAUCACGGACCGAAUUCCCCCACAGAAGCGUCUUCGACCAUGGUCAGGACCCAGUCAACCCAAGACUUUGAUGCAAAAGACUUACUCCGAGGCCUCCAAACUGCACAAAAAUGUGUACAAUGCCAGGUUCACGGUCAAGGGCAAACCUAUCUCGAAACCCCCUAGCGUGCCUCUACUACCGACGCCUUCCCCCAACUAUGCAAGUCGAGUGACAGUCACCACUGUGAAGCACCGACAGCCUACCUCCUCUUCACCGCCAAGCAGUAUGGGUCCGAACUCUCGGUCUUCUACGACUACAUCAUCAACAUCUUCCAGUGAACCCACGACAUAUUUACCACCUCUUUCUCCUUGCAAACUCUCACCUGAUGAUUGUCGGCCGUCUCCGUUAUUUACAGAAAAGACACCUGAGGCUGUUCAAAGAACUGCACUGCUCAAUCAGACAUCGCCAUCACCUGCGCCACGGCCAAAGAAGAACCCCAUGACCUCCAUGUUCAUGCCCAAGGAUCGAGCUUACUCGCAACGUCCAAGAAUCUCCAGAUAGCUAUAGUUAUCUUUAAUUUGGCGUUAUCUUUUCGCGUGUGCAUUCCCUAGUACUCCUUUCCCUCUUUCAGCAUAAUGGCUCCUCAUCAUUGACCACGAUCUCUCUAUCUUACAACAUGUACACUAUACACAUAGAAGUCUCCAGACUACGCUGAGGUCGUAGCGGUAUGUAUA